CGUCGGCGGCCGAACUUGCCCUGUGUCCUCAUUGGACUCGGCAGAGACUGGCAGGAAGUUUGACUUUUCCCGCUCGCCGUACGGACGAGGGGCGGUUGGAGGGGACGGGGUUGCUCCUUCCUACCCCACGCGCAGGAUGUCUGGAAGUCAAAAUUCAGGCAGUGGAAGCCACGUCAGCAAGAGAAGUCCCAGCAAUGCCAGCUCCACGGUGUACUUUGGACAGUACCAGUACACAGCAGAUGAAUACCAGGCCAUCCAGAAUGCUCUGCGUCAAAGACUUGGUCCAGAGUACAUCAGCAGCAGGCAGGCUGGAGGUGGACAGAAGGUUUGUUACAUCGAGGGUCACAGGGUCGUCAGUCUGGCCAAUGAGAUGUUUGGCUUCAAUGGCUGGGCUCAUUCAGUCACUCAGCAGAAUGUCGAUUUUGUUGACCUGAACAAUGGCAGAUUCUAUGUGGGGGUCUGUGCAUUUGUUAAAGUUCAACUUAAGGAUGGGUCAUACCACGAAGAUGUGGGAUAUGGAGUGAGUGAGGGCCUGAAGUCUAAGGCCUUGUCUCUAGAGAAGGCAAGAAAGGAAGCAGUGACAGAUGGACUGAAGAGGGCACUCAGGUGCUUUGGAAAUGUGCUUGGGAACUGCAUCUUGGACAAAGACUACCUGCAAGCAGUGAAUAAACUUCCUCGUCAGAUUUUCCCUGCGUUGGAUGUGGCCAAAGCUAAAAGGCAAGACUUUGAGCCCUCAAUAGAGAAGGCAAGAUACAACAGCUGUUUACAGAAGCAGAGUGCAGGGCAGCAGCAGCAGCAGUGUGAGAUGGCGCUCUCUUGCAAAUCUGACCAGGCAGAAGCUUCCUUGAACAGAAUGGAACAGGACCAUCCACACAGCACCAGAAACACAGACUCUUUAGCCACCGAGUGUGAUGCCACUUACCAGCGGAAGUUGCGGCAGAAGCAGCUACAGCAGCAGUUCCGGGAACAGAUGGAGAAAAAACUUCAGAUCCCAAUAGUUGCUCCAGUCUGCAAACAUGUGCCACCACCUCCUCCUGUGAAGCACAGCACUCCAGUCACAGCACAACAGCAACCGACUGCAGAAGACGAGUUCUUUGCAGAUGACCCUGAACUUUGGGACAUUCCUCUAGAGGCCACCAAUCUCAGUGAUGCUGCUAGCCACAAAAUGGCAGAUAUGCCAGCCCAGCCACAGGCUCCUGCAACCCCACUUGGACAGCAUCACAUGACUACUCGGAGCAAGACUCCUCAGAAGAUGAGCUAUCACAAACCAGGUGCAAGGCCUACACCCUGGCAAGUGUCUGUCGACCAGAGGACUUUUAGCCAUUGUGCCAACCAGCAUACAGUAGCAGACUACAGCCCCUACAGAAGGAGCCAAGGUAUGAAGAAAAGGAAACUGGAACCCACCUAAGGAAUGACAGCAGCUCCUGACUUCUUGCCUCUGGAUCUGUCAUUAUUUCAAACAAUCUGUUCAGUGGCAUGAGGAAGAUAAUCAAGCAGACCAGGCCCUUCCUUCGGUGAUGCAUAAGCUUAACUAUGAAUGCAGGACAGGAAGUUGGCCCACAGUCGUGGGCUUGACACCCCCCCUUUUGUGCGGUCAAAAAUGUUUCAAAUGCGUUUCUCCCCGACUCCAGAUUCAGAGGCUGUGGAAAGGCUCUUCAAGUCAUGGCUUGUAUCAGGUCAUAAACACUGUAAUUUUAAAUUCCUUUGUGCUGUUCUAAGAAACUGGUUCCUAGAAUGAAAUGCAUGAAGGGUGAGGGUGGAGGGGGGGGGUCAUUCCUCUGCAGUUUCAUGUUGUAGAGGAAGCAUUUCUCUUUUGAAGGCAAACAGUGUUUAGUAAAGUUAAACUGGGGAAGGAAUCAUUUGACCCCAUCCUGUAUUAAAAUUCUGCUUGGCCAGGUCCAUUAUAUGAGGAGUGGGGUUGACCUGUUCUGUUCCUUUACUAAUUUGUUUUUAUAUUAACUUUUAUCCCCUUUUUAUUAUGGCAAACAUGAAUAAAUGGUGUAGCUGUUCAAGUGGGUCAACAACACAGCUAUCUUGAAUACAUGACAGGUCCUCUAGACAGAGGAAGAUUUCUAUUACACUGACUUCUUGUGGUUUAAUGCUACUCAGCCUGACAACCCAACUCCCUCUUCCUGAAGCCGAAGGCAGAUUAGCACUAUAUACCUAAUAACAAGUCUGAAAUUAAACAGAAGCCCAAACCACAAGUGUUUUGUUGUCUACUCCCAGGUUGUAGCUUAAGGGAGGAGAGUGAUGCAUCACACCAUUGCCUGCAACACCAGGGGAGAUACAAGAGGUUUAUACACUUUUAGUUAAACAUGUGGGAUGAAGCAUAAUCAGGAGAAACGGGGCAAGCAUUAGAAGCAAAGAAUAGGAGUUACUGAGCAUAUCUGUAGUGUGCGCGCAUGCUUGGAGGUGGGGGAUCGUUUUUUUCAUUACUGGAGAAACAUGAGAUUGUUAUUAAUUAACAGUUCAUUAAUACACUGUAAUUACAGUGCAUUGUUUAGUACCUGUAACAACAGGUACUAACUUAAUGUACCAUAAUUAGCACUACUGAAUAUUAGUGCAGAUGAACAUUGUGUGAUGCUUAAUGCACACUAGACUAAAUCUGUGCAUUAGCACGGUUUCUGCCAGCUGCACUAACUUGUAGUAGAAUUAGUCCAGUACACAUUAAGCAUCUCAAGUAGAUGAGCCCACUCCAGUCCCAACUUUAAAAUCACCACCCAGAGUGGCAAGUGCUCUGCUUAAAGCAGGAACUUGCCCAUGUAGCACAGUGAUAGUAUAGUACAAGACUAGUCUUAAUGACAGUGAAUCAUAAGACAUAUGUCCUGUCUCAUAGCUAAACAGUAAGUCAGAUAUACAACACUGAAAUUGAAAGCAAGCUUUACCAUGCUCUUUCCCUGUUAACAGAAUCUCAUGUUUCUCCAGUAACGAAAAAACCGAUCCCCCACCUCCAAGCAUGUGCGCACGCACACACUACUGUUUCCAGCAGCAAAAUGUAGAACUGAAAAUACCCAAGUGGCCUCAAUACCCCAUUGGCUGUAUGAAGCUGCCUCCUUGCCAGAACAUCUGCCUAUAAAAUUGUCAGUAGCCUUUAUUGCCUUACUCAUAAAACUGAGGAUAGCUGAAGGUGACCACUCCUGUUUAAGGUGUCAGUGUAUAGCCUGCCUUUAUCACUUCCCAGCCCAUCCCUGGGAAGAGAAUGCUUAUGACACUGGUUAAGAAAAAUCUCAUUACUUACUAUAGUCAGUGCUCAUGCAUCCCACAUUAAGCCAAGGCAAAGGCUAUUAAGGAAGAGCAUGUUUGGAUCACACAAAGAAAAUGGAGGAUCGAGCCACAAGGUUAACUUUUGGAAAAAAAGCUGUAGUCAUAGGAACUCAAGUGCAUGCAGAACCACUGGUUCAAGACUGGAGAGAUGCCCCACCUUGGUGCAUCAUAAAGCUUACCCCCAAAGCUUGCAUCUUCUUUGGAGGGCUUUUAAGAACCCUAAGUAAGGAGGGAGUCCUACAGGAUCCCAGCCUGCAGCAGCAUGAACAACAAAAGCUUUCCUAAAGAAAGGAGAUUUAGCAAAUUGUUACUAUUUAAAAACCCUGCACCUCACUUGCCAUCCUCCAGAAGACACUAGGGGCCCAUAUGAUCUAGUGCUACGAGAGUUGCUGAAAUGGCAAUUUACCACACGCUGCCUCAAGGACAUGCAAAUCCCACUGAGGCAGAGAAUGGCUUGAGCAGACAUGGAGAUUCUUUGCAAUUCCCAAGAUGCCUCUUACCCCAUUCCUAGUAAAGACAUUACUCCUCUCAGACAGCUCUUUGCUAGUUCCAACUACAGCUGCUUGAAGGACCCUGACCAGCCAAGCAAGCUUGACCCUCUAUGUUUGUUGACAAUAGCAAGAAGUCUUUGUGGUGGAGUUCAUCUGGGCUCUGCUUCACCAGGUUUUCCACUCCAUGGUGUUGUAGGCACGCAUCCCUCUAGCUUAGUUUCCAAGCAAGGGAGCUGGGAUGCAGAAAGAAAAGCAGAACUAACCAAAGACUGACCUUCGCCAACCCCUUUUCAUCAGGGACAGAUUCCUCUCUGACAGAGUUGCUAAGAGGCAGCACAAAGUCUCCAAAAAUUAGCCAGGACCCAGAGGUUACAGUAGACAGGGGAGUUUGCCAACCCCCUGGGGUUAAUGCCAGCUAUUUAGACCUUGUCCAACCAUCUGUCCCCAGAGCAGGAAAACUUCAUACUGAAGCCAACCUACACCACACCAGAAAUGUGUUGUUGCCUGAAUUACCUGUUAGCCAAGACCCUUUAGACUUCCUGAUGCAGAAAGUCAUUGACCCAGCAUCUAUGAACUGUCUUUUACUGUUGCUUAUUUUUCAGAGUAGUUUGUUGAAAGGUCAAACUGUUAUUUCUGACCACUGCUUUUGACAAGUUUGGUGUCUCAUUAAAGUAGGUACUUUCCUGAGGAAACUAGCUAGGAGCUGGGCAACAAAAACCCACCUGCAGAUAAUUAUCCAGAGAAGGGAGACAGAAGAGGUAGGAACCAGCUGAAAAUGAAAACCCACAGUUCAACAAAAGCAGGUUUGUUUUAUUUGAAUGAUUUCAUUAAAUAUUCUACAAAGGUAACAAAUUGCAGCACAAAGCGCAAUCAUACAAGAAGCGCAAUGCCUGGAUUUAGUGCAAAACAUACAACUAACUACGGCCAGGGAAGCCCAGAGUUUGAAUUCAGUUUAUUUUUCUUUUUUUGCCUUUUUACAGUGUACAUUGUUAAAUAAUGUAAAGAAAACAUUUGUAAAUUCAGAAACAGAUUUUAUGUGGAAAAAAGAUACUCAAAGUGUAAUAUUAAACACAAAAUAAUUUAACAGUU